AUGAAUUGCUCAGAUACAACCAUACAGGCCCCCGCCUGGGCCACCCAAACAACAGAAGAGGAUGACCUCGAUGAGCCUCCCGAGUUAAGACUUCACCACCCUCAACCUCAGCAGUUUCACAGAUCUGCCAUUCGCCGACCUUCCGAGCAACCUUCCCUCCUCACAAAGGCAUUCAAGGAGCAGGACCACGAUGAUUUUCGCGAGCCUCCGCGCUCUAUCCUCACCACCGGCGGCCAGCGUCGUCGCUCCAUGGCCAGUACUGUCAGCAUCGCCUCUACUGCCGACCUCACCAGCGACACUGGCAUGACCAGUCCUUCUCGCACGAACACGCCCAGCCCGCCCAUUCCUGAAAUGGCCAUGCUUCGCCUCAACCGUCAUGGUUUCCGCAUUAGCCCCAAUGCUAUCGCGCAUAGCCAAACCACUGAGGGACAGGUUCAGGAAACGCCAAAGGAAGCCCCUCGCAAACGCUGCAUCCAAUUUGCCUGUGCCGCCAAGCCCCAACCGAAUGCUGCCAACACAGUCGCCGCUGAAAAGGUUACCGUGGCACAGGAGCCCCGACGCCCAUGCAUCCGCUUUGCCUGCCCGCCUCGCCCUGCAGAGACUCAGCAAACACCCCCCAGACCUUCAGAUUCUACUCUUGCACCCACAUCACGUCCUGUUGCCGAGUCACCGUCCACUCCAAAGAAGAUCUCGGCUCUCUCGGCUGCCCUGGCUGCUAGUCCAGUUACUGUUCAACGUCUUUCCAACAUACCUCAGGCCAGCAGGCCUAAAUUUCUCCGCGCCAACUCAACGGACCUUGUCAAGGACUCUUCUCAGUUUCAUGAGUUUGCCAGUGGCAUCUCCCGUGAAGACGAUUGGAUCCGCCAGGACAACAAUUCCAAUAUCCAGACCAAGCUCACCAUCAAUGACACUCUUCUCAAGGAAAUCAGAUUUCGACGUCUUGCUGAUGAGGCCGAAGAGGAAGCUCUCUUGGAGGAAGAAGAAGACAAGAACAAUGACCCCCAGGAUGAGGACGACGAGGAUGACGAGGACGACCUAGAUGUUGAAGACGAGGAUGAGGACGAUGAAGACGAGGAAGAGGCUGAGGACGAGGAUGAUGUGGAUCUCAAUCACUGCGACGGCUACUCCACUGACGAGGAAACUGGCUUCGCUGACUCUGACGAUGAUGAAGAGGAUGAGAAUAUGAUUUUAUGGACUCCUAGUCACGGCAAUGUCGUCAGUAACAUUCCCAGCACUCUCCUCGCCCGCCGCCCAUCAGCUGCUUCCCAACUCUCGGAUUGCUCGACCAUCUCGAAUCACAGCCGCAAGGCCGCCCGACGCUCCAAGCCUCGCAAUAUUCAUCUGGACCAUGACGCCCAUGAUUUGCCCGAUAGCACUGAUUUCGUGUGUGGCACUUUAGAUGAGGAUCGACCAAUAGAAGAGGCUUACUUGACUUGCCUCGCUGCUCGCCGAAAUGAAAAGCUGCGCAUCAUUCCUCAGGACAUCGACCCUAGUUUUCCAACAUCAGAUCCCGAGCACGACGAUGACGAUGAUGAUCGUCGCAAUGGCAGCGAAGAAGAUUCUUGGAUGCCGGCCAAGAUGGAUGGCAUCCAUGACGAGGACAGAUCUCGUCGCCGCAGGAAGAGUGAGCAGGCGUCGCCUCGCAAAUAUCACUCCCCGCCGCCCAAGCGACGCCUGUCGCCAGCUCCUAAGAUCCGUGCUCGGUCACCCAAACCUCUUUUCGAUCGUCGUUCGCCCCGUCGCUUGCGUUCCCCUGCCCCUCGUGCCCUCACCACACCGCUUCAAUCUCCUCAUCAGGACGAGCCUGCCCAGUUCAGGCUUGCGGGACGCCCUGACGUGACACAUACCAAGUCGCUUCCGAGGCCUACUGCUCUGUUCCGCAUGAAGGCACAACGUGCGCCCAAACGACAGGAUGAUGAGAUACACGUUCGUGGUGCGGUUGAUAUUGUCAAAGGUCUUGAAAAGAAGCGUCAGAGGCGCAAGGACAAGUUCAAUCAGAAAUAUUGCAACAAGGCCCGGCGUGGCCAGAUCCCUGAGCGGAAGACGCAACCCGGCCAAGGAGCUGAGCGCAUGAAGGAACUCGGCUUGCUCAUGGCGGGUAAGAAGGACCCCGGUAACUAUGUGCUCUCUGUCUAG